AUGGUCAAGUCACAGGAGAGUCGAUUAAAGCUGGCUAUGGAUCAGAUUGAGAAGAAACAUGAAGAGCGUUUAAAGCAUCAUGCUCGAAAUUUUGAGUAUGAGAUUACAAAACUCUGUGAUGUUGCAAAAGUAUAUCAUGAGAUUAUUGUAGAGCAAUUCAAGAAGGUCCACGACUCUAUAAACCUCAAGGUUGAUGUCCUUGCUGAUGCAAUCACAAAAUUUAUGGAGUAUCACACUUCGUUCUCAACCAAGCUCGAUGCUAAGUCAAAACAAGAUUCUAAAGUGUUUGAAAAGUUGUAG